CGCUACAAGUGAUUCCUCUGCGCAUGCGCCUACCCUCUCCCCACGCCGCUUCAAGGGCGCGAAGCUGUCUUCAGUGCCCGCCCCCGUGGACUUCCUCUCGCACUUUCGCUCUCGCGCUAGAACGGUUGAAACUUGGUGGAAAAGAAUGGGGUAUGAUAUUGAGCGUUUUGUGGGCUAUGUUAAUGAAGGACUUCUGUGCUCCAUAUGCCGGGAUGUUUUAGAAGAUCCCUUGCAGGCUCCUUGUGAACAUGCUUUCUGCACUACAUGUAUACAUGGAUGGCUUGUUCAUCACAGUAACUGCCCCGAGGACAGGCAGGCACUUGAUGCAUCUGUGCUACACCCUCUCUACAGAUAUAUGAAAAAUGACCUAAAUCGACUUCAGCUUCACUGCAAAAACAGAGAACAUGGCUGUGACAUGGUCUGUUCUCUAGAAUCUAUAGACAGACAUGAGAGAGAAUGUGAACACGGCCAGAUAUCUUGCUCAAAUGCUGGUUGUCCAGUUCAGGUCGAACGACGUAACUUAGAUGGCCAUUUGGCACUGUGUGAAUACCGGAGCCGUGAGUGUCCCAAUGGUUGUGGUUACACAGUCCUCAGUACAGAAGACACACAGCAUAACUGCGUCGCAGAGCUAAGAACAGAACUGGAAUUGCUUCGGUCAGAAAUGAUCUGCAGAGUGGAAGAAGCAAAGCAUGAGAUGGAAUCUAGGUUGGAUUCCCAGAGAAGACACAUGGUGCAAAAGGAGAGCAUGCUGCAAAAUGAAAUUGAGGAGCUGAAGAGUCAGAUGUCACGAAUGAUGUCUGACGUGCGCUCCCUCCUGGCAGCAGAGAGACAGCAUCGUCAAGAGCUGGAGCAGGCAGAGCUUGAAAAGCGUGAAUUAAUGGAGUUGCUAAAAAGCCUGCAGAAAGACUGCCGACUGAACACUACUGAGGGAAACAAGAAAUCCACAAACUUUCGACCUCUAACACGACUGGAGAGUAUGAAACGAAAACCUAGGGAAGUUACCGUCAUCUAAAAAGAAGUAUGAUUAAAACUACUUGAACAUUAA